AUGAACAAAAUCAACACUGCCAGAAAGCAUAUCCGAAUCGGCAGCAUGAACAAUUGCCGGUUGUGUGUUACGCCCAUUCCGGACCCGGCAGUCGCCACGAAGGUCGACUCGGAACUUUCGGACGGCAGCACGGUGGCGGAGAAGUUGGACGACCUCUUCGGAAUCUUGGUCGGCGACUACUGCGAUGCCGACGUCCUUAAGGCGAUCUGCAGCCAGUGCACGACCAAGAUCGUCCGGGGUGCUUCCGGUCAGUUGUCGAUGGCCGACAUGGACCAGACCAAGGAGUUCUUCAACAGCGGGGAUCAAAAGGCGCGCCUCUUUGUACGUAGUGGAGGCCAAUAUAGCUCGCCCAGUGGAGUGGACAAUCCGGCCUUGAAGGCGCUCACCAACUCUCCGUUCGGGUUGACCACUCCCAAGGCGGUGGCCAAGCGGCCACUCGCUCCUGCUGCAGCCGCAGCAACCACCAGCAAGAAGAGCAAGCUGCAGGCCGAGGACGCCACCAUGGAUUGGCUGCGGUCCCAGCCCGGAAUCGCCGGCCUAGGCGCAAGUCUGUCCCAAACGACGUACAACACUCCGAAGACGUCGGGCGGCAAGAAGAUCGUGGUGCGGGAGAUCCAGCUGGACCAGGACGAAGACGAUGGCCGUGAGACCGUGGUCAAGACCAAGUGUCCGUUCUGCCCGAAGGUUUACGUCCUGAACUCGGCGCUGAUCAACCACAUUGGCCAGAAACAUCCGGACAGGCCGGUUAAAUUCAAGAAAUGCGACACUUGCAGCAAGCAGUUCCUGAAUGCCGCGGAACUUAAGGUGCACAAAUGCCCGAAGGCAUACACUGGACGCAGCUGGGGAUGGGGCUGGGGGCGCCGCCGCUGGUGGUAAGUGGAAUCGAGCGAAAGGACAUCUCCGAAUCUCCCUUUUUGUUUCGUUUCGUAUUUCUUCCAACUAUUUCGAAUUUGUUGAUCGUCUAGACUGCCAGACCGUUAUUUUUGUCGUUACGUUUGAAUUGAAUCGGCAGCAGUGGUGUUCGUUCUGAAUAAUUUUUAUCCGUUUUGUAAAAAAUCUCAAAUUACAAAUUAACAAGACAUGUUGAACAUGAACCGAUCUAAUAUUAGGUCAAAUCGAAAAUAAAAACGUUACCAAAUAAAACCAGAUA